UGUUUUGUUGACUGUUCCGUGUCGUUUUCCCGAUGAAUUGCUAGCCAGUGCGCCGUCAUUGCCUCGCUCGGAAGCGGCCAGCAGCUGGAGGGUGAGCCCCUGGACGAUGUGGUGGAUUUUUAUGUCGCUUCGCUCAUGCUAACCGGACCCUCUCCAUAUUGUCGGAAGAAGACCGCAGCGAUGCCUUUGUGUCUGUCACGUUAAGCCGAAGAGGACGAGCUGUUACCGCGACAAAGAGGAAAAGGACCUCCGCUUGCGGAGUUUUGUGAGCGGUGUACGCUUCAAGAUGGCUAUCAUGAGGCAGUUUGGGCUCUUGGUGUGGAAAAAUUAUCUUCACCAGAAACGUCAACUCCUGGUAACGCUGGUGGAGAUCAUUUUACCCCUGCUGUUCUCCGGCAUCCUCAUCGUGCUGCGUCAGAAGGUGCCUUUUAAGGACUUCCCCAAUGCCACGGUCUACCAGAGCUACUCGGUGGACAUGCUUCCCAAAAGCUUCUGGACACAUUUGCAGUUGGCGUACGUUCCGGCCAACUCCAGCGUGGUGCGGCAGGUGGCGGAGGACGUGCGACGCAACCUGGUCUUAGCUUCAGUGCACGGCUUCGAGACAGAGAAGCACUUUGAGGACUAUGUGAGAACUAACCCCCUAUCAGGAAAGUUUCUGGCCGCCGUGGUAUUUGAGAAACCCUGUUGUCACAAUGACGAGCCUCUUCCCCUUCAGGUCAGCUACCACCUGCGCUUCACUUUCACCCCUCGCAACGCCCCUCCCAAAGAGAAGUCGGAGCUGAACCCCAACAGCGACUUGGACUGGCACACGCUCAGCCUUUUCCCGCUUUUUUUACUCCCCGGCCCUCGAGAACAGUAUGACAAGGAGGGGGGCACACCUGGUUAUUUCCGAGAGGGAUUCCUGGCAGUGCAGCACGCUGUGGACAGAGCCAUUAUGCGCUCUUACAACAGAACUGCCGCCAACAAUCUACUGGCAAAGACCCAAGUGGUGCUCUCCCGCUUUCCUUACCCUGCCUUCAUAUAUGACGUCUUCAUUCUGGCUAUUCAGAACCAACUGCCCCUGUUGCUGGUGCUCAGCUUCACAUACACGUCUCUCAACAUAGUCCGAGCCGUGGUGCAGGAGAAGGAAAGGAAGCUGAAGGAGUACAUGAGAAUGAUGGGACUCAGCAACUGGCUCCACUGGACAGCUUGGUUCCUCAUGUUCUUCCUGUUCAUCUCCAUCUCAGUCUUUUUUGUCACCUUGCUCCUUUGCAUCCAGGUGAGCCCAAAUGGAGCAGUGCUGAGCUACAGCGACCCCACAUUGGUGUUUGUCUUUCUUCUUGUCUUCACUGUGGCCACCAUCAACUUCAGCUUCAUGAUCAGUGCCUUCUUUUCACGAGCCAAUGUUGCGGCAGCUGCGGGAGGAUUCACGUAUUUCAUGAGCUAUCUGCCUUAUUUGUUCCUAUGGCCACGCUACGACUUACUCAGCCAUGCCCAGAAGGUGUCGGCUUGCCUUAUCUCCAACGUGGCCAUGGCCAUGGGAGCACAGCUCAUAGGGAUGUUUGAAGGCAAAGGCACAGGGAUUCAGUGGUCAAACAUGUUCGAUUCUGUGACGGUGGAUGAUGACUUCUCGCUGGCCCAGGUGAUGGGCUUGUUGCUUUUUGACGCCGUACUCUAUGGAAUGGUGGCCUGGUACAUCGAGGCAGUUUUUCCUGGAGAGUACGGCGUGCCUCUACCAUCGUACUUCUUUGUAUUGCCUUCCUACUGGUGCAGCAGCCCUCGCAUGGCUCUGCUAAAUGAGAAAGAGGAAGAAGAGGAUGCAGAAAAGGCCCUCAAAGGGGAAUUUAUAGAGGAGGAGCCGAGCGGGAUAGUCUCCGGGGUCAAGAUUAAACACCUCGCCAAGGAGUUCAGAGUGGGCAACAAAACCCGUCAAGCUGUGCGAGAUCUCACGCUCAACAUGUUUGAGGGGCAGAUCACGGUGCUGUUAGGACACAACGGUGCUGGGAAGACCACCACACUGUCCAUGUUGACAGGUCUGUUUCCACCAACGAGUGGGAGGGCCUACAUCAACGGUUACGACAUCUGCCAGGACAUGGCGCUGAUCCGACGCAGUCUUGGACUCUGCCCACAGCACGACGUUCUGUUUGAUAAUCUGACCGUGAAAGAGCACCUGCUUUUCUAUGGACAGCUAAAAGGUUACUCCAAAGAGAAGAUUCCAGAGGAGGUGGAGAGAAUUAUUCGCAUACUUCACCUUGAAGACAAGCGGAACGCUCGCUCGAAGACUUUGUCAGGCGGCAUGAAGAGAAAACUCUCCAUCGGCAUCGCCCUCAUUGGAGACUCCAAGGUGGUGAUGUUAGACGAGCCCACAUCAGGCAUGGAUCCAUCGGCGAGACGCGCCACGUGGGAUCUUCUGCAGGGCGAGAAAAGCAGUCGCACCAUCCUGCUCACAACACACUUCAUGGACGAGGCCGAUCUGCUCGGAGACCGCAUCGCCAUCAUGGCCGGAGGAGAGCUGCAGUGCUGCGGGUCGCCACUUUUCCUAAAGAACAAAUAUGGUGCUGGCUACCACAUGGUGAUCGUAAAGGAGGCUCUCUGUAAUGUCGCCGAGAUCACACGCCUUGUUCACCUGUAUGUUCCUAAUGCCACGAUGGAGAGCAGUGCGGGGGCAGAGUUGUCUUACAUCCUCCCAAAAGAAAGCACCAACAGGUUCGAGCUUCUGUUUGCCGAGCUGGAGAUGAACAGAGAGGAGCUGGGCAUCGCCAGCUAUGGAGCAUCAGUCACCACUAUGGAGGAGGUCUUUCUCAGAGUGGGAAAACUGGUGGAUUCAAGUUUGGACAUCCAGGCAAUCCAACUGCCUGCCCUGCAGUACCAACACGAGAGGCGCUCGCACGACUGGACAACAGAUGACGCCAGCAGCAUCAGCGGCAUGACCGACGUCACAGACUUCACCGACAGCGGCACGCUCAUCUCCGAGGACUGCUCUAACAUCAAACUGAACACAGGGGUCAGACUUUACCUGCAGCAGUUUUACGCCAUGUUCCUGAAAAGGGCGCUGUACAGCUGGAGAAACUGGAAGGUGAUGGUGGCCCAGUUUCUCAUCCCUUUGGUCUUUAUCGUUGUGGCGUUAGUGGUGGCACGCACCUUGCCCGAUCACAAGAAUGCUCCUCAGCUAGGUCUAGAGCUCAGUCGUUACGGUCCAACUCGGGUCCCAGUCGCUUUGCAAACGAAGGCCGGCUCCCUGGCCUCCGACAUCGCCAGGGUGUACAGUUCGCAGCUCCCCGGGCAGCUCAGCCAGCUUGUUAACAUAACAGACUUUACUGACUACAUCCUAACUCAGGCCGAGGAAGAGGGCGGAAGUUUUAACGAGCGCUGCGUGGUGGGCGCCGCUUUCCGUGGCAGCAGCAACCUGUUUGCAGAAGCGACGGGCUACUUCAACAACGAGGGCUACCAUACGCCUGCCACGGCUCUCAUGAUGGUGGACAACGCUCUAUUUAAGCUUCUCGCCGGACCAAACGCUUCCAUCCACACAGGAAACUACCCGAUGCCACGCAACUUGUCGGAGGUCGCCCAGGGCCAGCUUAGAGAGGGAAAGACAGGCUUCAUCAUCGCCAUCAAUCUGAUGUAUGGGAUGGCCUCCUUGUCCAGCACUUUUGCGCUGCUGCUUGUCACAGAGUCGGCCAUUAAGUCUAAGCACGUGCAGAAGGUGAGCGGCGUCUACCUGUCAAACUUCUGGUUUUCCGCACUGCUGUGGGACCUGGUAAACUUCCUCUUGCCGUGCCUUCUCAUGCUGGGGGUGUUCCAGGCCUUCAGCGUGGAUGCUUUUGUCAAGGACAACCGGCUUGUGGAUGUGUUGUUUUUGCUUCUGCUGUACGGUUGGGCUGUUGUGCCUCUCAUGUACCUGCUGAGCUUCCUCUUCUCGUCUGCGGCUACCGCUUACACCCGCCUCACUAUCUUCAACAUGAUCUCUGGUACCGCCACCUUUUUAGCUGUCACCAUCAUGGAUAUACCAGAGUUACACCUGCAAAACCUGUCCCGCCUCCUGGAUAAGGUGUUCUUGAUCUUUCCCAACUAUUGUUUGGGCAUGUCCUUCUGCCAGUUUUAUCAGAACUAUGAAUUCAUCUCGUUUUGCAUGACCAGCCCAGUCACUCAGACUAUCUGCAAAUACUUAAAUAUUACAUACCAAACAAACUACUUCGACAUGUCGGCGCCAGGUGUGGGGCGCUUCUUGCUGGCUUUCUCCAUUCAAGGAGUUGUCUACAUCAUUUUGUUGUUCGUGAUCGAGUUGCAGUGUAUUCGCAAUCUACGGCGAUUGCUCUCCACUCUUUGCAGGAGUAAAAAACAGUUAUCUUUUUUAAGCAAUGGGGCACUGCUGCCAGAGGAUAGAGACGUUGCAGACGAGAGGAAGAGGGUCCUGGAGUGCCAGCCGAUGGUGGAGUCGAUGGUCGGGAGUCCUCUCAUUCUGCAAGAACUCAGCAAGGUGUACAGCAGCGGACAGACGCUACUCGCUGUGGACCGCCUUUCACUGGCCGUGGGGAAAGGAGAGUGUUUUGGCCUGCUGGGCUUUAACGGUGCUGGAAAAACCACCACCUUCAAGAUGCUGACUGGUGAUGAAAGUGUUACCUGCGGGGACGCCUACAUCGAUGGCUACAGCAUCUUAAGAGACAUCAAAAAGGUGCAACAGCGUAUUGGAUACUGCCCUCAGUUCGACGCCGUGUUGGAUCACAUGACGGGGAGAGAAACCCUGAGCAUGUACGCCAGGCUUCGAGGAAUACCCGAGAAGUACGUGUCGGGCUGCGUGGAGAACGUCCUCAGGUCGCUCCUGCUAGAGCCGCACGCCGAUAAACUAGUGCGCAGCUACAGUGGUGGCAACAAGCGGAAGUUGAGUGCUGGCAUGGCUCUCAUCGGUGGACCUCCAGUCAUCUUCUUGGAUGAACCCUCCACCGGGAUGGAUCCUGUGGCCAGGAGGCUGCUGUGGGACGCUGUGACGCGCACAAGGGAGUCCGGCAAGGCUAUUAUUAUAACAUCCCACAGCAUGGAGGAGUGUGAAGCCCUUUGCACCAGGCUGGCUGUGAUGGUCAACGGGCAGUUCAAGUGCCUUGGGAGUCCGCAGCACCUGAAAAGUAAAUAUGGCAGCGGCUACACCCUAUUGGCUAAAGUCCAUAUCGAGGCCGAGUUGGAGGACAGCGACCUGCAGCUUUUUAAAGACUUCAUCCAAAGCACCUUCCCAGGAAGCCAACUGAAGGACGAACACCAGGGAAUGGUUCACUAUCAUUUGACUGACAAAACACUGACCUGGGCCCAGGUAUUUGGCACUCUGGAGGCCGCCAAAGACAAGUACAGCAUAGAGGACUACUGCGUGAGCCAGAUCUCACUGGAGCAGGUUUUCCUCAGCUUUGCUCAGCUCCAACACUGCACCGAGAGCAGGAAAAAAUAGGCGACACGUUCUGCAACAACCGGUGAACCUUCCUCUUCUUUCUGCGCCUGUGUGUACAUAGGUGAGUAUAUGGACUUUAAAUUCCACUUCAGCUUGUGUCGCAUAUCAUGGAUACGCUGCACCUUUUUUUUAAAAUGAUUUUUUUGUUUUUAAUAUUGCAAGAUCAAUGCUACUGAGUUUGCGUCCGACUGUAUUUGUUAUUUAUGUACCCCUAUUUUAUGACUUGAUCGCAUUUCACCAAAAGAGAGACGAACCACUGAGUUUUGAUGUGAUAUCAUGUGAUUGUUGCACACCUCAAAGCCUUAUCUAACAUGUGAGGGUGGUUGUUUUUAUUUGAACUUUAUAGCCCUCAUUUCAAACCUCUAAUCUAUGUUGUUCGCAAGGUGUACUUCAGGUGAGGAGUUCAUGGUACACCCGCUUUUAAGGUCAAAAUGCAUGCUUAAGAGUGCAUGACAGUAAGUCUUCGUCUACCACACGUCAUUAAAUCCUUGUGAAUUUCAUCUGUCCGAAAAACAACAUUGUCACGGCUUUUGGGACACACAUUGAACAUAAUGUACGUGACAACACUUCAGCUUCUAAAGUAGACCAACAUAGAUCUUUUAUGUGCUUCAAUGCCUCGCUACGUACGAAAUGCAAAAUAGAUGCCUUGGUCCGUCGACAAAAAGCCCAUUCCAUCUUUUUAAACCUCGUUCAGGUCAUUCCUAAAAAGCCUUUGCACUUCUUAAUACGAAGAUAAGAAAUCAUAUCCGUCUAGCUUUUACCCCUGCUAUCACUGAGUCAUCCUAAACUGUGGUGAAUUAUCAACGCAGGGUGUUGAUAUAAAAUGAAUGUAUUCAUGAAGCAAAAAAAACA